AUGGCUAGUCGGGGUGAUUUUAAUGUUGUGCUUGGAGAGGAUGAGAAGAUAGGUGGACUUCCAGUGUAUCGCCCAGAGUAUGAAGACUUUGCAUUCUGUGUCAACUCUUGUGGCUUGUUUGAUCUUGGGUACAAGGGUAGUCCUUUCACAUGGUGUAAUGGGAGGCCAAAUGAGGAGUGCAUUUUCAAAGGACUUGACAGAAUUCUUGUAAACUUGCCUUUUCAAACACUGUUUCCUACAAUAGAGGUGGAGCACCUUAUUAGAACAGGAUCUGAUCAUGCACCACUAUUGAUGAGCUGUGGACAGGAAGCUAUGAAGUUUGUUAAACCAUUCAAGUUCUUGAACUUUUGGGCAAAGCAUGAAACCUUUCUAGAUGUGGUGAGGCAGAAUUGGAUGCUGGCUAUCAGGGAGGAUGUGGUGAGGAUUAAAGAGAUGCUAUUUGAGGAGGAUCCUACAAUAGAAAAUAGAAUUGUACUUCAACAAGCUCAAGCUGAGCUAAAGAAGUACUUGAGCAUUGAGGAACAAUACUGGAAUCAAAAGGCAGGUAUGACUUGGUUUGAGGAAGGAGAUAGGAAUGCAAGGUUCUUCCAUAAUUGUGUCAAUAGGAAGAGGCAAAAGCUAAAAUUGAAAAGGAUCAAGAAUAGUGAUGGUUCAUGGAUUGAAACUCAAGACAAAUUAUCUGAGGCUGUAGUGGAGUUUUUCCAGAAGCAAUUCACUAAGGAGGGGAUCUUGGAAGCUUUGAGUUAUUGA